UAGAUGAUGAAGAAAUCAGACCAAGGAUAAUCUCAGACUGGAAGUUGUGGCUCCACAAUUAUUUUCAAAGAACUAUCUAAGCCGAAAGGACCUGCACUGUUGCAUGAAAUUAUCAAAGAUCGCCAGGUUCUGAAAUGGAUAACACAGAGAGGAAAGUUGCAAACGGUGAUGGCAGCGAUCUGUCAGAGCAGAUAAAAGAGGUGACCAAAGACAGCCAUGUACGUGCUGAAAACACCCAGCUAAUGCUGAACUACCAGAAAGGACAGAUCACUCUGCCACAGUAUAAGAUUCUUCUUUGCUCCCUGUAUGAGAUCUACCGAGCGCUGGAAGACGAGUUGGACAGGCACUCAACCCACCCGGCUGUGGAGCCCAUCUACUUCCCUCAGGAGUUGGCCAGAUUGGAGUCUCUUGAGAGAGAUCUUGAGUAUUUCUUUGGGGCACAGUGGAAAAAGAGAGUUAUAGUACCCGCAGCAACACACAGAUACACAGAGAGGCUCCGAGAGAUUGGCAGGAGCAGCCCAAAUCUCCUCGUAGCUCAUGCUUACACCCGUUAUCUUGGUGACUUGUCAGGAGGUCAGGUCCUAGGAAAAAUUACCCAAAAGUCAAUGGGACUUGGCAAGGAGGGUGUGGCAUUCUUCUCAUUCCCAGGAGUGACAAGUCCUCACCGCUUUAAGCAGCUAUACAGGAGCAGAAUGAACAGCAUUGAGCUGAGUGUGGAGGAGCGCAGGAAAGUUCUGGAUGAAGCUGUCAGGGCCUUCGAGUUUAACAUUGAGGUUUUUGAUGACCUUCAAAAAAUGUUAAGCAUCACAGAAGGGGCUUCAGGUAAAUGCCAAAAACAGCCAUUAAUGCAAAUGAAAAAAGGAUUAGAAUGUGAUUUACUCUCAACCAUUAUUAAAGUAAAUAAAAGAUUGCACUUCUUUUGUUCAGAUGGCAGUGGAACACAAAAUGGAUCCAUCAUACCACUAAAAGGCAUUUCAGGCUCUCCAGUCAUCAAGCUUACAUUAGGACUGUGUGUUGCCCUGGCAACUGUUGGAAUAGGAGUCUAUUCUGCUUUUUAAAAUGUUAGAAUAUAUAAGAAACCAAUUACUUAACAAUAAUUGAUUAUAAACAACUGUAUUUCACUGAAAUAUAGCUCUGAACCACUGUGAUCCAGAAACAUCGGACCUACUUUCAAUUAGAUUUGAAAUGAGAUUUUAAAAUCAAGGUGAAAAAAAAAAUCAGAGAUUCACAAGUACAUUUUAAAUACUGCAUUAUAUAAUAUUCUGUAAAUAUACUACACAGUAAUUAA